AUGUACCGCGCUAUCUCGCUCGCUACGGCGUUGAUCGCCAGUGUUCGCGCGCAGCAGGCCUGCACCUCGACUCAAGAGACUCACCCACCCCUGACCUGGUCCAAGUGUACCGAGAGCGGCUGCACCGAGGUUUCCGGCUCGGUCGUCGUCGACGCCAACUGGCGAUGGACUCACACCGUCGAGGGUAGCACCAACUGCUACACCGGUAACAAGUGGGACACCUCCAUCUGCCCCGACGGCAAGACUUGCGCAGAGAAGUGCUGCGUUGACGGCGCCGACUAUGCUUCCACCUAUGGUGUGACUACCAGCGGUGACCAGCUUAGCCUGAGCUUCGUCACUAAGGGCGCUUACGCUACUAACGUCGGUAGCCGCCUGUAUCUCAUGGAGGACGACGAGACCUACCAGAUGUUCUCUCUGCUCGGCAACGAGUUCACCUUUGACGUCGACGUCUCUCAGAUCAGCUGCGGUGUCAACGGUGCCCUGUACUUUGUCUCCAUGGACGAGGACGGUGGCAAGGCCAAGAGCGACGGCAACAAGGCUGGCGCCAAGUACGGCACUGGUUACUGUGAUGCUCAGUGUGCCCGCGACGUCAAGUUCAUCAACGGCGAGGCCAACGUCGAGAACUGGACCCCCUCCGAGACUGACCCCAACUCGGGAACCGGCAACCUCGGUGCUUGCUGCCCUGAGAUGGAUAUCUGGGAAGCCAACGACAUCUCUACUGCCUAUACUCCUCACCCUUGCAAGACCCUCACCUACCACACAUGUGAGGGCGACAACUGUGGCGGAACUUACUCCAAGACCCGCUACGCCGGCACCUGCGACCCCGAUGGCUGUGACUUCAACCCCUUCCGCCAGGGUAACGAGACAUUCUACGGACCCGGCUCCGAGUUCACUGUCGACACCACCAAGAAGGUUACUGUUGUCACUCAGUUCAUCAAGGGAAGCAGUGGUGGUCUCUCCGAGAUCAAGCGCUUCUAUGUCCAGAACGGCAAGGUCAUUGGCAACCCCGAGUCCAAGGUCGCCAACAACGCCGGCAACUCGGUCACUGAGGAGUUCUGCUCUGCCCAGAAGAAGGCCUUUGGCGAUGAUGACGACUUUGUUGCCAAGGGUGGCUUCUCCCAGAUGAGCGAUGCUCUUGCUGCCCCCAUGGUCCUGACCAUGAGUCUGUGGGACGACCACAAGGCCAACCUUCUCUGGCUCGACUCGACCUACCCCGUUGAUGCUACUGGUGCUGGUGCCAAGCGCGGAACCUGCUCUACUGACUCUGGUGUUCCCAAGGAGGUCGAAGCCGAGGCUCCCAACUCCAAGGUCAGCUUCUCCAACAUCAAGUUCGGUCCCAUCGGCACCACCUUCGAGGGUGGCGAGGAAGCCAGCUCCGGUUCCGGUUCCACCUCCCCCAGCAAGGCCGCCAGCGCUUCUCCCGUCGCCUCCCAGUCUGCUUCCGCCGGUGCUCAGACCAGUGUUGCCGCCAGCAAGCCCCAGACCACCGUUGUCCAGUCGAUCAAGCCCUCUUCCGUCGCCGCCCAGUCGCCUUCUUCCGCCGCCGCCGAGGUCCCCAAGGCUUCCUCUUCUCAGGCCGCUGCUGUUCCCUCCAACAAGCCCGCCACUACUGAGGUGAACACCCCCGUUGCAACUGAAGAUGAGGAGGAGGAGUGCGAGGCUGACCCUGAGGACGCGCAGCCCACUAGUGCCAAGCCUGCCACCACCGCCGGCUCCGGAUCCCAGCCUUCGGCUAAGCCCUCCGCUGCUCAGCCCUCUGCUCAGCCUUCCAGCGGUUCCGACUCUUCCUCUGCUGCUGGUGCCUACCAGCGAUGCGGUGGCCAGGGCUGGACCGGUGCCACCACCUGCGUCUCUGGCUACACCUGCAAGGAGCAGAACCCUUGGUACUCCCAGUGCGUCGCCUCUGCCUAA